GAACAGUUGAUGAAAGCAAAGAACAUCAAAGACUACACUGUCUUAUACUGUAUAGACUUAUACAGACUGAUGCAUAUUUUGUAGACUUCUAAACAACUGCUAAAACAGUAUCUAGAUGAUCUAAAGUGUUAUCAAAGAUAAUAAUGUCCUUUCUCCUUGGAGCUAUUAACUUGCAACUAUUUUCCUGAAAGCUUUUGUUUUGUCAGUCUGAGCAGCUGGAUGAACAAAAGAACACUCCGCCUCUUUACGUUGAGACCACUCUUACUGGAGCACAGUUCAGUUACAAACAUUGCAGUGGUGCAGUCAUACUGUAUGCACAAUGAUGGACUUUACCUUGAUAACAGCUUUACUCUGUACCUUCAGUUGGAUCUCCGUCUCAGUUUCUGAGUUUCACACUGUGGAGGUCCAGUCUGGUGAAGAAGUCACACUGAUGUGUUCCAACUUUACCAAGUUUACCUCUCACAUCCUCUGGUUCAGACUGGCCAACAGACCCAACGCCAGCUGCAUCUCCUCUAUGUCCACCUCUGAUGCCAAUGCUUCAUUCUGUGAUGGAUAUCAAAAUGGCAAAUUUAAUAUGACAUCCAACACCACUACCCUCUUUCUCAAGAUCAAACAAGUGGAUUUAACUGACUCUGGACUGUAUUUCUGUGGAUUUUACUCAGCUGGAAACUCAGUCAUUGUCAGUGCGACAUAUCUAAAGGUUCAAGAAACGUUUGAUGGAAUAACAAAUCUGACGAGUGUGAUCCUGGGUGCUCUGAUUAUUUUCUUCAUUAUAGUCAUCAUCUGUCUGCUUGUCAAAAUCAGGAAGCUUCAUACAGCUCAUAAAGAGGGACAGAAUCCACCACACAGUGAGAACCUGGUCUCUGAUGCCCUGAACUAUGCAGCGCUGAGUUUCCACCCAAAAGCAAAAAGCAGCAGAAGGCCUGCAUCAGAGAAGCAGCUGGAGUCAAAUGUUGUGUAUGCUGCCACCAGAUAGACUCAGGAAACAUCUGGAACAGCAGCUCAGAGUGGAACUGAUGCGUUAUCAUAUUGAACUGCUACUAAAGGAGGACUUACCAUCACUGUCAAAAAAUUCUAAUUUUGUAAUAAAGAUUCUGUAUUCAUGCAAAUUAUGCUAUCUCUGCUACAAUUUUAAUUCUACUUUCCAGCCAAAGUCUCUUUCUUACUUGUUUUGUUUGUUUUAGAUCUUCAUCUGAGAGCAAAAGAGUAUGUUUGGUGUUUGAUGGAGGAGGAGCUAGUAAGGACAUUGAUGACUGUUCAGAGUCUCUUAUAGUGAGAGUUAGAUGGAGGUCUGCAGCAGUGGAGGAGUGAGCGAGGUACACAUCCCAUUUUAACAGGAAGAGACAGUGUGGUCUGAGCACGUGGUGAAAAUCAUGAGGCCUGUUAACUCCAAGCUCUGUGAGAAUAAAGUCUGAAAUGAAGCAAUGAAUACUGGCUGACUUUUUUCUGUCAGGAAGACAAAAUGAUCAGCGUCUCUACAUUUGUAGAAAAGCCUUUGAAAAGCGCACAGUCCAUCAAUAUAGCAAC